UAUUCCGGUUUCGAGUCCGGAGUUUUUAGAAAUUUGUCAAGAUGGCGAACGGAGGAGCAAACGACACACAGCAAACUGAAAACUUAAUACAGCAUUUAAAUAUUUACAACAACUAUGCUGCGUUGUGAGCUCGAACGUGUUGAAAGUUUGGGCAAACAUAUUUGGAGUUAAUAUUACUAUGUUUGCUCGGUGAAUGGUAAAAAUCAAAUAGUACUGCUGAAUGUGUAUAUUGUUAGCCUCACCAUGUCACAAUUACCAUGUAGCAUAGUAAAUUUUAUUGAUUCGUGGUAGGUGUGAAUAAUAUUUUGGUUGUGUUUACGAUAUUUGGGAAUGGUAAAAUUAAGCACAAUGCCGUGGUUCACAGUACUAUACUUUUUUUCUCAGUGUAUAUUUCGGCACCAACAUUUCAAAAGGGCGUAACUGGAUUUACAACCAAUGCCUUCUCACAAAGCUGUGGAGCGUAUCUCAUCCCUCUCGAGCAAUCCACUAGCACAAAUAGAAAUAUAAAAUCCUCCUCUUUCGAUUAAUGGGUGUGAAUUGCGUGAGAUUAAUGAAAUACGACCCACAGCUCUGUGAGAAGGCAUUGGUUGCAAAAGCAGUUACGCCCUUUUGAAAUGUUGGUGCCGAUUUAUGUAAACUCGGCACCGCUUAAACGUCAAACUCAUCCGAAGGUCCGUUUGACUUAGAAAAAAAAAGGAAAAAAUAUCGCUUGUAUGACUGCGGGACCACCCUAUUCCUCGGUUGUUAUUAACGGGCGGGAUUGAAAUCGCCCGCAGCAUCGUCGAGCGCAUAUCAAAACAAAAGUUCGGUGCGAUUUCAAACGUCUCAGAUUUUUCUACUUUACAAAACUUUUUGGUGUUGUUAUCAUGGAUUUUGCCGAAGAUCUCCUGGUAGAUCAAGACGAACCGUAUUCUGGCUUGGACCGCUUCUUGUUCCUGUCGUGUCGGAGCUGUUCGUGCUACUCGCCGUUCAUGAUUCAUUUGCGCCCGGACGGAGCUUUGCCCGAUUCGACCGCCAUUGAACGCGUAUUCUGCCCUGGAUGUGUGCAGGUAGAUUCCAUUCCUGUCGAUUCGAAAUGCCUAAUCAACACUCCAGGUUUUCUGCAGCUGAUCAGGGGCUACGAAUAUUCAAACCCUUUCUUCCGGCGAUAUGCUCCGAUUUAUCGAAUUCUGAUCACCAUUGAUACUCAACUGGAGGUCAACUGCCAGCACUUCGAGAACCUACCGCUGUUUGAGAAGCUUUUCAAACUGCAGGAGCUGUUCCCGACGGUGCACCUUGUGCAGAAUAGGCAAUUUACGGGCCUUUCGGAGAUUUCCCAAACGAUUGUUAAACGGUGCGAGAAGAUACGCGCCUUCUACAAUCCCGAGAUUAAUCCGGAGGCUUCAAAGGGCGCUCUGUCGCGGCUGAAAUCUGAAGAAUCAGUAGCUGCUUCAUCGAUCGCGAGCUUGUCCAGUCCUUCUGUACCCGUCCUGAAGCAAACGGCUCGUCUAAGGAUAGUUAAUUCGGAGAAGGACGUUCGCUGCGAUAUUUGCCUUCUGGUAAACGAAAAUAAUACCAUUCAGUUUGGACCAUUCGUUGAGAAAAUGUUGGCAAAGGACACCUUCCGGUGCCAUUAUCUGUGUUUGCUUUCCGGUACACACAUUGCACAAAGAGGAAUCGGUGACGAUGCUGGAAUAUUAGGAUUUCUAAUCAAUGACGUGAAGCAAUCCUUCCAAAUUUUCCGUAACAAAGUCUGCUACUGCUGUGGUCAGUUAUCCGCUCCGGUGCGCUGUGUUGCUCCGGAUUGUGGUCGUUACUUCCAUUAUGUUUGUGGUUAUCGAAAGGGUUGUGUGACACAGUUCACAGGAGAGUAUCCCUCGUACUGCCAUGAACAUUUACCAUUCGAGGAGCCGCAACCCGAACACGAUGGUGAGUGUUGGAUCUGCUGGGAUACCCUACAGCCAUCGAAUCCGGUAUCCUGUGUUCCAACGUUUUGCGAACCGGACGAAUCUUCCUCCAGUCGGGAAAAGGAAGUGAGCUGGUUUCACCGCGAAUGCCUACAGAAGUAUGCCUACGAAGCCGGGUACUAUUUCAAGUGCCCAAUUUGUCACGAAAAGCAAAUCUUUUCGCAGUACGCCAAAAUGCAUGGGAUUUUCGUACCCAUGAGGGAUGCCAGCUGGGAAAUCGAUAGGACCUACUUCAAAGAUCUGCACGGUUGCAAAUGCUCGGCGGAGAACUGCAAAUAUGGGGAUAAGAAGCGAUGCGCGGAUCGUAUGGUCGGAUGCAAGGCCUGCGGCGGAGAAACGUUGCAUCUGGAAUGUGCCGAAAUAAGCGACCCCAACGACUAUGUUUGCUCCAAAUGUAUGGAUGCCACGUUUAUUAAGCUAUUCUAGGGUUGAUCACACUUAUACGCUUGUAUUAUAGUUAUUUUAUUUCGAUAUUAGUCUUAAAUACUAAAAUCACACAUACCGUGGUGCAGUAAUAAAUAAAGGAAGUACAUACAUCGA